GCGCAGACUCGGAUCUGCUCGCUACUUCCUGCAGCAGAGGCACGGCUGCUGGCUCGCUGGCUCCAGUGUUGACAUCAGAACAUAUCCGGGAAGACAACAAACAACACAUCGAUGGAGCACACACACGAGUCUGCACCAUAUCAUCUGUGGUCUGCACUCCUGUGAGAAACGAAGGAGUACGAGGUAAAGAACCAGGAAUAGCUGCUGAUGUGGGAGGAAAAAGUCAGCUUCUGGAUAAUGACUUGAAGGCAGUGAGCUUCAACAGCACACCUCUCAAAAUGCACACUAGCUGCGAUGUCAGGCUGGAAACCAGCGACACAAACAACCAAAGUCACAAAUGCGAGGAUGACUACUCGUGCCGUGCUUCCACAUUGCCCCUCGGCUGGAUCAGAGAGGUUCGGCAGCGGAAAGCAGGCAAGACAGCGGGCAAAAUGGACAUCUACAUUACAAGUCCCCGAGGCCAGAGGUUCCGCUCCAGAGCAUCCCUGCAUGCUUUCCUCCUAAAAGAUGGAGAAGGGAGCUUAGACAUAAAGCUCUUUGACUUCACAGCAUCCAAGGACGACGUCGUCAGCCCUUCGCAGGUACUCGCCUCCAAAGGGAAGCGCAGGACAAGAAAGAAAAGACGCGCAGAUGGACAGCAAGAGACAACAGAGGAUUCACCUCCAAAUAAAUCUAAGAGAGCGUCUUCCUGCCUCGGAGGUGAUGCUAAAGACGGAGAAGCAAAGAGUUGCACACAAGCUGCACCUUCAGCUACAGAGGAUGAUGUCAGACUGCGGGAGACUCCUCAGAGGGCGGGUCAGCUGAGGGAGAAGCUGCUCAGACUGGCUCCUUCCAGUGAACAACAAAACACUCCCGUCGCUCACGAGGACGAGGAGGCCGACUCGAGGCCUCCUGUCCCGACGCUGAGCGUUGAACCUGCCACUGAGAGCGAGAACGAGGGCGAGGAUGAGCGAGGCGGAGAGGAGACGCAGGUUUACAGCAAAGGCGACAACGAGACUAAUUCUGAGCCGGAGGCCGACGGCAACAGUCAUCGGGAUGAGGAGGAGGAAGAGGAGGGAGCUGGUGGGAGCUGCACGCCAGUGAGGGAUUCCCAGAAUAAAUCCAAGAGCGUGGAAGACAAACGGAAAACAAGCCCUUAUUUCAGCAGGAAACUCUGCAGAGACGGUUUGAGCCCACCCAGGAGGAAGGCCUUAAGGAAGUGGACGCCGCCUCGCUCGCCCUACAACCUCGUACAGGAAACCCUUUUCCACGACGCCUGGAGGCUCCUGGUGGCCACCAUCUUCCUGAACAAGACCAGCGGCAAGAUGGCCAUCCCGGUGCUGUGGCAGUUCUUUGAGCGUUACCCGUCUGCAGAGGUGACCCGCGAGGCCGACUGGAAGCCCCUCUCUGACCUAAUGAAGCCACUCGGCCUGUAUGAGCUCAGAGCCAAAACACUCGUACGCUUCUCAGAUGAGUAUCUAAGUAAAGAGUGGCGUUACCCCAUCGAGCUGUACGGUAUCGGGAAGUACGGCAACGACUCCUACAGGAUCUUCUGCGUGGGAGAGUGGAGAGAGGUGAAACCCGAAGACCACAUGUUAAACAAAUACCACGCCUGGCUGUGGGAGAACCACGAAACACUUGGAAUCUGAAACACAAAGCAUGAGGAUCACAUAAAUACACGUUACUUUAGUAUUGUGAUGAACUUGAUACGUCAAACCUGAAUCCCUUUAGAAUUAUGCAGUAAUAUUCUUCCUUCUUCCUUUUAAACUGUUUUUAUGUGUAAUGUGUAAUAAAAUGUUUUAAGUGGUUUAAAAGUUGAAAUGAUUCAUGAGUGGAUGAUUCGUCUCGUCUCAUGUCUUUAU